ACCUUACUUUCAUUUCGUGCAACCCGCGGAGAGGCAUAGCGGUAUAGCUCUGUAUCAGGCGUGUGAGAGUCAGUCUCGCAACGCAGUACAAGAUAAAGCAGAACCAGCUGAGAACAGACGCAAGAACAGAGUCAUCAUGGCAGCUCCACACGUGGUAAUGGCACAGCCCCAGGCAAUGACAGUAAGGCAGCAAGUCAUCUCCGUGCAAAUGCCAUCACACUGGAGCUCUGGAACGUGCGACUGCUGUGACGACAUGACGAUCUGCUGCUGUGGGUUCUGGUGUCUCCCUUGCCUGGAGUGUCACACUGCAUCUGAGUUCGGGGAGUGCUGCUGCCUGCCUCUGCUCGUCCCCGCCACCUCCCUGGUUAUGAGGACUGGAGUGAGGGAGAGAUACAAGAUCCAGGGCUCCAUCCUAGAUGACUGCUGCAUGUUGUGCUGGUGCUACGCUUUGACAGUGUGUCAGACGGCUCGAGAGAUCAAGAAGCGCAAGGGUGUCACUGCUGUCAGCACCUGCAAUUAUACCCAGGUGACCCAGUACUAGAGCCCAGGAUCAGAGCAGGGGGAGCGGGCUGGGAGCCGUGCAGGAACCCCCUGAGCUCACCGCACAAGCAGAAGAAGCAGCAGCAGCAGCUUCCUCUGCGAUUUUGCAUGGAAGUGUCUAUAUUCACGGCACAGCCUGGCAGCAAGAAAAUAAAUAUAUAUUUCUUUUUGAUAAACAUAUUUUUUUUUACUAUAGUUUUGUAACAGGCAUGCAAGAAUUUAAGGUGUAACCAUAACAGGUAGUCCGAUUUUGUGAGUCAUUCCCUUUUAGAAGUUUCAGGUUGUUAAGUGGGAAUUAAAUCAAUGGUGUUGAUUACUCAACACAAAAACGAAGCCUUCCCUCGGUUUCCCUCGUCCACAGUUAACGAGCACCAAUCUGUACCAGUCUGGCAGUGUGACUUAAGAGAGAUCCUGCCGUGAUCAGACUAACCAAACCACUCACAUUAUCCAAGAUCAUUUUUCAUUUCACUUUGUUACCUCAGAAAUGCAGCUCUGUGCGCACUGAACUGUGGGAUUGUAGUCCAUAGCUAACCUCAAAAACUACAUAUCCCAGUAUACAACACCACUGGCUGUGACUGGCUUAAGCCAGGUCUACAGAAAGGGGACAAAUCAGGGGUCAGUUUGGCGACAUGUUCUACGUCAGUAUUAUUGUCACCACCCAGGCUGAAAGGACAAAUGUUCUUGUAAGCAACUUUUAAAUUAUCCAGUGAAGAAAUUCAUUAAUUUGGCACUCAGUUGCACAGAUAAGGGCAAUCAGCUUUUCUUGCUGUGAAAGGAACACAUUACAAAUUACUUAAAUUAGUAAUAUCUGCGCAAUCCUUGAUAACAAUAAAAAUCAAUGUCCUUCUCAUUUGCAUCGACAUCACCCGUCACCACUUGUACUGUAUUUUUCAAUAGAUUUGAAUCUACUGGUUUCUCUCAGCACACCCUGGGCUGUAGGUUUGGUUGCAGGAACCUUUACUCUCCACUGUGUUGCAUUAUAAAAUCUGCACAUCUGGACUGCAUCAUAAAACAUGCAUUACAAACAAGCAAUAAAUCUUCAAUAGAGGCACCCAGGAAUUGUCUUGGUUAGAACCCUUUCAAUGAAACAGCAAGUAAUUGCAUAAUAUAUUAGCUAGCUCAUGGUGCUGUGAAAUAUCGUUUCUAUAGAGGAGCAGAAAUACUUUCCUAUGCUUGCGCAGUGUCUAAAUAUUGCAGCAACCAAAUAAAAAGAAAUGUUUUGAACCGUG